AUGGACAAAGUUGUUGAUUCAAAUGUCAAAGAUUUGACAUUUCCUCAAGGUGUACCUUGGGCAAAUGGCGUUGAUCGCGCCUUAAUUGUAGCUCAAUUAAGUCAUUUUGAUUGUGGAGGAAUAGCACUCAGUGUUUGCUUGUCGCACAAAAUAGGAGAUGGAAGUAGUGCCUAUUGCUUCUUGAGAGAUUGGGCUGCGUUAACGCGAAGUUCAAAUACAAAUCCAUCUCCUUAUUUCGUCGAGGACUCCAUUGUACCAUCGCCAAUUGGUCCAUUGAUUUCCCCUGUUGUUGGAUCAGACAUGGACAAAUGUGUCCAAAAGAGGUUUGUUUUCUCUAGCACAAAGCUAAGUGCAUUAAAAUCGUCAAUUGGCGUGCAAAAUGUAACGAGCAAUGAGGCCGUAAAUACACUUGUCUACAAAUGUGCUGCAUCUUCUGCCACCAUUGUUAAUUCAGAUUUUGGAUUUGGGAAGCCUAUUAGAGCAAGCUUUGCAAAGGGUCCACGGAACAAGUUUAUUAUCUUGAUGAGGACAUAUGAUGGAGGAAUUGAAGCAUUUGUUAAUUUGAAUGAACAAGAAAUGUGUGUAUUCGAGCAUGACAAGCAACUUCUUGAAUUCGCUAUACCUAUUAAUGGGGACUUUUGUUAUGAAGAAGAACAGCGCUACAUAUGA